AUGGAUGGCACACUGCAGAUUCGUGACUUCUUCUACGCGGGGUACGAGAACUACUGCUUGAGGAGCUUGGAGACAGCUAGCCAAGAGGAGCGCAAGGAAGCGGAAGAGUAUAUAUAUCAAAUAUACAUGCGAAGGAACGAGAAGGAGGCGCUACUAAAUUUGAAAAAGUCUCCAAACGAAAACCACCAAUGGUUAUACAAAUACUAUGAGCAUUAUUACUUAAGGGAGAAAAAGGCCAAGGGAGAUAUGGCCAUGGAAACAGAGGAUGCAUUACUGAGCCAAGUGGAAAAAUUCAAAAUAACGACCACCAAUGGAAAGAUCCUUAAAAGUAGACUCCUAUUCGACUGCAACAAGUUACAGGAAUGUUUUGAAUUGUUAGCAGAUGGCCCAAUAGAAGUGAUAUCAGCCAAAAUUAUCCUUCUCCUGCUGAUCAAUAGAUACGACUUGGCCAGUCAAAUGAUAGAAGAAUACAAAAGGAUGAAUGAUGAAAUACCCAUUGUAAAAAUUAUGCUAGCCAUAUUUUACCUAUAUACAGAAAAUCAGAAAGAAGCUUUUUUAAUGUUUGAUGAUUUGGAGUCUAUGUGUGAAUCCACCGUGAAUGACUCCUCCACCGUCAUUCUCAAUGGGAAGGGUGUGUCAAAUAUUUUAAACUACGAGUUCAAUGAUGCGAAGGAGUUUUUCAAGAAUACACUGAGGGAAGAUCCCACAAAUGGGGAUGCCAUUUACAAUAUCAUUACAUGCUCUUUGUAUCUGUACGAUCUGGACGAGGCGAGUGAAUUUUUGGAUAAGCUUUAUGAUUCCUUCCCCUUGCACGAAAGCUUAACCGUUUUGAAGAAAAUAGAUGAUGCCGUCGAUAACUUCGUUGCGCAGUUUUAG